AACACACCGCGGUUUCCGUCGUAUAAUACACGCACUUUUACGCAGAGAGAAAACGAAAACGCCGGGCCGCAAAAACGAAGCGAUUGCCUUCUAAUUUUGGGCAGCGACGCUCCCAUAGUCGCCGAGCGCUCCUCCGCGACACGGGAAAUCUUGUUCCAACACUUUCGGGCAGGUCGUCGCCGGCUGUGUGUUCUAUCUCCGUGGGUUCCUGUCUGGAUGUAAACAAAGCCGACCAAGAUGUCUUGGGUACCCGGGAUGGGCACGAUAGCGUUGAUUGCGUGCGUCCUGUACGUGCCCUACUACCUCUUCUUCGUGGUCCGGAGGACGAGCUUCUUUUGCGGCAAAACGCGCUUUCGAAGCUUCCUUCAAGACAACUGUGGACAGUUUCUAGACGGCUUCUUCUGGGUCCCGUUCUGGUGCAUCAGUUCCAACGUGCAGAGCCUCUUCGCGAUGCUCAUCCAGGAUAACCAGCCCGAGGUGCCCUACCGGAGGCAGCUGAAGUACCUCUCGGACGGCGGCCUGGUGGCCCUGGACUGGCUCAAUGAGGACUGCCAGCCGCCCGUGGUGCUGUGCCUGACGGGCCUGACGGGGGACAGCCAGGCCUUCUACCUCAAGACCUUGCUGCCCAUGCUGUCCGGCAUGAAGUGUCCCUGCGUGGUGCUCAACAACCGGGGACAGGGAGGCCUGCCCUUGCUCAACCACCGCAUGGCCUACGUCCUCGGCAUCGACGACGUCACGGAGGUGGUGGCGGAGAUCAAGAAGCGCUACCCCGAGGGCCGCAUCCUGGCGGUGGGCUACUCGCUGGGCGGCACGCAGCUGGGGCACUACCUCCUGCAGAAGGGCGACGAGGCCCAGAUCGACGCCGGGGUGUCCCUCUCCAUCCCGUUCCACCUGCCCACCACCCACGUGAACCUGAACGGAUGGAGCACCAACUACCUGCUCAACAUGUACCUGGCACGCGCCCUCGUGCAGCGCUUCAAGCAAUACUGCCCCGUGCUCGUCUCCAGCGGCAUCGUGGAUAUACACCACCUGUUCCGGUCCCGAACCUUGGUGGAGAUUGACAAACAACUCACGGUCCCCGUGUAUGGUUUCAAGAGCACCAGCGACUACUACGAAAAGGGCAGUCUCAAGGGCAAGCUGUCAACAAUACGCCGACCUCUAGUCUUUCUGCUUUCUUCGGAUGACGUGUUUGGUUCCGAAGAAACAAUACCAACGACUGAGAUUGAAGAUAACCCUUGGCUCGCCGCCAUCGUCACGCCAAGGGGUGGCCAUGUUGGCUUCCUCGACGGCCUCCUCUGGCCCAAGCCGCCAUUUUUCUCGGAACGUUUCGUAGCCGCCUACCUGAAAGCGCUACUACAACUCUGUAGGAAGCCAGGAGGCACGGCGCGUUUAGCGCAGCUCGGGACACCCUGCACGUCAUGAUGACAUAUGUACUCAUUAUUCGUUGAAGUGAGGAGUAUUGGUGUAAGAGUAUAUCUCUAACUAAGCCGGCUUGUCUACCGGAAACACACGAGACGGUAAUCUGCGUCGGCUUCAAUGGAAUGAUAGAUUCGAUGGCUUGACGGCCAUCGCGGCUCGUCUUUAGUCAAUAGGGACUUUUAGCAAACCGUUACCGUACCACAGUUGCCGUGGGCCCGACUGCGCAUGCGUGACCGCGUACCGUUCCAAUCCUGAAAAAUUUGAUUUUAGCAUAGCCGGGCCUCGUACCAUGGUACCCCAGUGACAAAAGCUAACGACAAUAAAUUAAUUUAUAAAACUUGUGGCGCAAUAAGGUGGAAUAAUAAUAAAACUGAGGAUCGGCAUAAACUGGACGACGUUUCUUG